CUGCUGCCCCCUGGGCCGCACAAGGCCCCCGAAGGCAAGGCAGGAGCAACACGUCGGUCCCUGGACGACCUGUCGGCGCCGCCGCACCACCGCAGCAUCCCCAACGGUCUGCACGAUCCCUCAUCCACCUACAUCAGGCAACUGGAGAGCAAAGUGAGGCUGCUGGAGGGUGACAAGCUCCUCGCACAGCAGGCAGGCUCUGGAGAGUUCCGCGCGCUGCGGAAAGGCUUCUCGCCCUACCAUUCAGAGUCGCAGCUUGCGUCCCUGCCGCCCUCCUACCAGGACUCCCUGCAGAACGGCCUGGCCUGCCCCGCACCUGAGCUGCCCUCGCCCCCCUCUGCUGGCUACAGCCCUGCAGGACAGAAGCCUGAGGCUGUCGUGCACGCCAUGAAGGUCCUGGAAGUACAUGAGAAUCUGGACCGGCAGCUCCAGGACAGCUGCGAGGAGGACCUGAGUGAGAAGGAGAAGGCCAUCGUUCGCGAGAUGUGCAACGUGGUCUGGAGAAAGCUGGGAGAUGCAGCCAGCUCCAAGCCCUCCAUACGGCAGCACCUGUCUGGGAACCAGUUCAAGGGGCCUUUGUAGGGCCACUCUUCUGUGGACGUGGACUGGCCCUGCUGGGAGUCCCCAGGGGGAGUUUCAGGCCCCAGACACGGGCAGGACCUCCAGUCCAGCCCUUGUCUUCUUUCUCUGUGGUGAACUGUACAUAGGACGCUGCCCGCCCUGGCCCAGCUGCCAUGGCUCCGAUGCACUGGCCCAAGCCGCCAUCUCCCGCCUCACACACCAGCAACCUGGGAAGGAGACGCCGCGGCGGUUCCUGCAGCAGAGCAGCCCGGACGCCUCGUUCCCUCUCUGGGCCCCGAGCCCUGAGCCCCAUGAGCAGGAGGCUGCUUCUGAGAUCCAGCCUGGGGACUGUCCAGGCUCCUGUGUCCCGCCUGGGAUGGAGGGGCCACUCAUCAAACCCCCUACUCCCCGGCUGCCACCCACACUGGAAGGACAGCACCGCUACCUGGGUCUU